AUGUCCCUUAUUCAAUUGUUCAUUCCUUCCGAGAUUGCUGAGCCGACAGUCGCGGAAUUAGGCGAAUUAGGCUUAAUCCAAUUUAGAGAUCUAAACCCAGACGUGAAUGCUUUUCAACGCGUCUUUGUCAAAGAAAUUAGAAGAUUUGAUGAAAUGGAACGGCAUCUUCCUAUUUUGAUAGCACUAGACUGCUUUAUUCCAAAAUCGUCUUUUUUGAAUGAACCUAAUGAUAUAUCGAUACUCCCACUUGUUGGUGAUGCUGCUCGUGCCCCGAAUGCGCAACAAAUUGAUGAGUUAGAGGAAACAAUAGUGGGACACGAACGACGUAUAACGGAGAUGAACACAGCACAUGAGAAUUUGCAAAAAAAAUAUUUGGAAUAUACAGAAUAUCAACAUGUAUUGAGAGAAACUGAUGAAUCCUUUAGAAAGGCCGAACCACGCCAAGAGAUAAGAAGACACUCUUAUGAUGAACCUACUGCACCUUUACUUGAACAAACUGACAUUGAACAUGGUGGUGCUCCAAGCGAUGUUCAUUUGGCUAUUAGUUUUGUCACAGGGGUGAUUCCUCGUAGUAAGAUGCAAAUAUUCGAGCGCAUACUUUGGCGUGCUUUACGUGGAAAUCUUUAUCUUAAUAUUGCAGAGAUUGAUGAACUAAUUAUUGAUCCCGUAUCGGAUGAAAUAAUCGAAAAGAACGUUUUCAUAAUUUUUGCUCACGGUCAAGAGAUCAUUAACAAAAUAAGGAAAAUUUCCGAAUCCUUAGGUGCUACACUUUAUCCAGUAGAUGAAGAUGCUGAUAAGAGACAAGCUGAUUUGGAAGAGGUCAUUACAAAAAUAGAGGAUUUGAAUGCUGUCCUUCAAAAUACCAAUAAUGCACGAAGACAGGAACUUCAAAAGAUAGCCGAAAAUUUAUCCACUUGGAUGACUAUCAUUAAAAAAGAGAAAGCGGUGUUUCACACCAUGAACUUGUUUAAUUAUGAUGUAAAUCGUAAAUGUUUGAUUGCUGAAGGCUGGUGUCCUAGUAAUGAUCUCAAUCAAAUCCAACAUGCUCUUAGAACUGCUACGGAAACUUAUGGUUCUAUGAUUCCAUCUAUCGUUGAUGAAAUAAGAACCACUAGAGAACCACCGACUUUUCAUCGCGUUAAUAAAUUUACUGUUGGAUUUCAAGAGAUUGUUGACUCAUAUGGCGUUGCUAAAUAUCGGGAAGUUAAUCCGGGAUUAUUUACCAUUAUAACAUUUCCAUUUCUUUUCGCUGUAAUGUUUGGCGAUUUUGGGCACGGAUUGCUUGCUACUAUGGCAGCCGCAUAUCUAAUAUUAAACGAGAAAAAACUCGAAAGGGAAAGUUUAGACGAGAUCUUUGAGAUGUUUUUCGGUGGUCGUUACAUUAUUCUGUUAAUGGGCAUAUUCUCUACCUACACCGGUUUGAUAUAUAAUGAUGUAUUUUCUCAAUCUAUGGUCUUGGCGACACCUGGGUUCGAAUGGGAUCUUACAAAUUAUACCAGCGGUCAAUCCAUAGAAGCAAAACCCGUUGGAGUUUAUCCUUUUGGCGUUGAUCCGACUUGGCAUGGCUCUGAUAACCAGUUAUUGUUCACAAAUUCAUAUAAAAUGAAAAUGUCUAUAAUAUUUGGAGUUAUUCAGAUGAGCUUUGGUAUCAUCCUUACAGUAUACAACUAUAGUUACUUCAAAAAAACCUUGAGUAUAUGGACCGAAUUUCUGCCUCAAUUUCUGUUCAUGCAGAGCAUCUUUGGUUAUCUGGUAUUUACUAUCAUAUAUAAAUGGUCAGUAAACUGGUAUGAGCUCGACGAACAGGGUAAUCAUAUACACAACAGUCCCCCUGGAUUAUUAAAUAUGUUGAUCUUUAUGUUCUUGCAACCGGGAAAAGUUGCUCCGGCAGAUCAAUUAUAUCGUGGACAAGGAUUCAUACAAGGUAGCCUACUUCUACUUGCUCUAAUCUGUGUCCCAUGGAUGUUACUAGCAAAACCACUGAUCUUGCGUCGAGAGCACAAUAAAAUUCGAGCUCAAGGUUAUCAUCACCCUCAAGCAGAUUCCACUCGAGUCUCCUCUUCAACAGAAGAAGAAGAAGAAUUGAGUGGUGCUGUAGUCGCGCAAGAGAUGCACGUGGAAGAGGAUUUUGAGUUUGCGGAUAUUAUGAUUCAUCAAGUUAUACAUACUAUUGAAUUUUGCUUGGGAUGUAUAUCAAACACUGCAAGUUAUUUACGAUUAUGGGCUUUAAGUUUGGCGCAUGCACAACUUUCCGCUGUGUUGUGGGAUAUGACCUUGAAGAGCGUGUUUGGAUUGACUGGCAUAGUUGGUGGCAUUGCACUUGUAGUUGCUUUUGCUCUCUGGUUUAUUUUGACCGUCGCGAUUUUGUUGCUGAUGGAAGGAUUGUCAGCGUUUUUACAUGCUCUACGUUUACACUGGGUCGAGUUUAACAACAAAUUUUACGAGGGCACUGGCAGGAAAUUCGAACCUUUUUCAUUUAAAGCCAUAUUGAAGGAACAAGAGGAUUAG